AUGAUGAGGGACGUGUCGGCGUGCAACACCUACAACUACGCGGACGCCUUCUAUUGGGACUCCCGCUACGAGCAAGAAGCGAAUUUCGAUUGGUACCAGCGUUAUUCGGCUCUCCGCCCAUUUAUUCGGAAGCAUAUUUCUCCGACUUCGCGCGUCCUCAUGGUUGGCUGUGGAAAUGCCGCUAUCUCGGAUGACAUGGUUAAAGACGGGUUUGAAGAUAUAAUGAACAUUGACAUAUCCUCUGUGGCGAUUGAGAUGAUGGGAAAGAAACAUGAGCACGUACCUCAAUUGAAGUAUAUGCAAAUGGAUGUUAAGGACAUGAGUUUUUUCUCAGAUGAUUCAUUUGAUAGCAUCAUUGAUAAAGGUAAGUUGUGUGGUACCGAUGCUCCAAUCAGUGCUUCUCAAAUGUUGGGGGAAGUAAGCAGGCUUCUUAAACCUGGAGGAGUUUAUAUGUUGAUAACAUAUGGUGAUCCUAUUGUGAGGAUGCCCCAUAUAAAUCGAAAUGUUUACAACUGGAAAAUUGAACUGUACAUCAUGCCUAUACCUGGAUUUCAAAGGCCAGCUGGGUCCACUUCUUUGAAGUCACUCAUGGAGCCCGUUCCAAUCACAGAUAAAGGCUUACUUCCUGCAGAUUAUGUUAUUGAAGACCCCGAUUCUCAUUUCAUUUAUGUCUGUAAAAAGAUAAACGAGCCAACUGAUUUUGACGAUACAACUUAA